CGCCGCCGCGCCGCACCGCACCAGCCUCGGCCAUACCGGGCGCCAACAUGAACCGCGAAGAGCACUAUUUCCCCCCGCAGGUGUUUAAAGACUCCUGCGCCUACCAGAGGUCGCAGGGGGAGGACUACAGCCACAGCCCGCCGCCCUGCCUCUACAUGGGCCGACAGGUCCACUCCGCGUACGCCGCGCCGUCCAUGGGCGCGCUGGACCCGGCGAGCCUCCCUGACGUUACUCCUUACGGCAUGGCCUUGCGGGAGGAGCCCGGGCUGCCUCAGCUACACCACCCUCAGACUGCCCAGCAGCAGCAGCAGCAGCCGCCGCAGCCGCAGCAGCCUCCUCUGCCACCUCCGCCCACCGGAGGGUACGGAGGAGACACGGGGCAAGUUUCCGCGUGCGCCGACAGGAGUAGAUACCACCUCCCUUUCCCCUGGAUGAAGAGCACCAAGUCUCACGCGCACAGCUGGAGGGGACAAUGGGCAGGCCCCUACAUGAUGACAGAGACGGAGGAGAACAAGCGCACGAGGACGGCGUACACGCGCGCCCAGCUGCUGGAGCUGGAGAAGGAGUUCCUGUUUAACCGCUACAUCUCCCGGCCGCGGCGGGUGGAGCUGGCGCUCACCCUCAGCCUCACUGAGCGCCACAUCAAGAUCUGGUUCCAGAACAGGCGUAUGAAGUGGAAGAAAGAGGAGGAUCGGCGGAGGGCGCGGGGCACCGACCCGGACCAGGACUCCUCCAUCACCUCCGGGGACCUGAGGGAGGAGACUGGCCCCGGGCCCGGUGCCGUCGGUGUAAUCACCUCCAAGGUCACGAGUGGCUCGUCCAAAGGAGGUGGGCUGCACGCUACGCCUCCUCUCUCUCCCCUCAGCGGCUCCAGAGAGCCUACCUAG